AUAUGUUUGAAUACGGCAUCUUCCACAACUCUCGUAUCCUUCUAUCCAUCUCUCCUGACGAUAACCCUACUCAGAACCAAGUCCCUCAAUCUCCAUCAAAUCCGAUUCAUGAUACAAUGAUAAAGGUGAUCAUCGAGAAUCAGAGUGGCUCAUCGUUCACCAUUGAUGUUUCUUUCUGGGACACAGUGUUAAUGAUUAAACGGAAGAUCGAGAUGACUCAAGGGACCCCUGUUUCCAAGCAAAUACUUAUCUUCAAACGCAAGGUACUUCAAGACCAUCUUAAUAUGUUUGGAUGCCAGAUACGUCACAACUCUCGUAUCCUUCUCUCCAUCUCUCCUGACGAUAACCCUACUCAGAACCAAGUGCCUCAAACCAACCAAUCUCCAUCAACACCAUCAAAUCCUAUUCAUGAGUUCGUUAACAAUCAAGAUUCUCCAUUAUCGCCAAAAUCAAGUGCUUUGACUAUGGAAAAGUUCAGUAAGAAUCAACAAGAUCGGCCUCCAUUAAUGAGAGUGGUGGCGAAGAGAAUCGACAAUGGAUCAUCACGACCAUCAUAUUCACUUGAUGAGUUACUUGCCCCUCGAGAUUCGUCGACUGUGGCUGUUGGGAGCAUAAGAAACAGGGAUCAAGAGGUUAAAAACAGAGUAUCUUCGCCGUCAGACUCAGUCGAAGAGGUCAUUAACAUUACAGACUCGCUUGCGAUGAAGAUGAUAGUAAUGGUGCAGCCAUAUGGAUAUACCAGGAUGAUUCAAGUAGAGGUUACAGCAGAUGAUAACGUUGAAGAACUGAGGAAAGAGCUGGUUAAGAUGCAAGAGAGGGGUGAGUUAAAUCUGCCUCAAGGAAUGUAUUACUUAAUACACAAGCAUAAGCAGGCUGUAUUACACGAAGAUCAGUCAUUCUUGACCAACGGUGUUGCUUACGGUGAUACGAUUCAGAUUUCCCAAGGAUAUGUUAAACUCACUAGUGGUUGAACGUUUGAUCACUAAUCGAUCUUAAACUCUUUUUCUUAUUGGUUUUAGUCUUUCUUCAAGUUUUCUGAAAUAUCCUAACACAUGUAAUACCAAUAUGAGCUGAAAGAAGAGAAAUAAGUUCUUGUUGAG